AUGCCAGGAUUAUUGAAUAUUCUAAGAGGACUUAGGAAGGGACAGGAGAAGGAAGCCAGAAUCCUAGUUUUAGGUCUUGAUAACUCUGGAAAGACAACUAUCCUCAAGUCUCUCAGUGAUGAGGACACCGAGAACAUUGCUCCAACCCAAGGAUUCAACAUUAAAGCUCUUUCAAAAGAUGGAUUUAAGCUCAACGUCUGGGAUAUUGGUGGUCAAAAAGCAAUCAGAGCAUACUGGCCAAAUUAUUUCGAAGGCACUGAUGGACUCGUCUACGUCGUAGAUUCAUCAGACGAAGAGAGAUUAGGAGAAUGUCUCGAAGAACUUACUACACUUCUUGGAGAAGAUGAUUUGAAAGAUGUUCCUCUCCUCGUAUUUGCCAAUAAGCAGGAUCUGGACCUUGCUCUCGAAGCAGAAGAAGUAAUGGAACAUACCAAACUUAAUGACAUCACUGACAGAGUCUGGUUUAUUCAAGCAUGCUCGGCUAUCACUAAGGAAGGAUUAGAAGAAGGAAUGGAAUGGCUAGUCAACACAAUCUCUGAAAAGAAAGAAUCAUAA